GUAUGAUAAUUGAUAACAUGACGACUCGAAACGUCACAGCGCCUGUCGCCAUUACAUAUACUUUUUGCAAUUUCUGUUGAAAGAAAUUGCUUGUGUCAAGCAAACAGCGCGCGAUUUGUAUUUGUUUUUAAAUUGAGAAGUACAUUUGACCUUGGAUUUUAACUAUUACAGAGGCAAGAAUACAAACAUGGCACCACCAAGAAGAAUUUUGCGGCAACAGCUGGAGAUUUUAAUGGACUUUUUAGAAGAAAAUAAAGACAUGUCCAAAGGUUUGCCUCCUGGUACACCUGUUUCCCACCAUGCAACUCGACAGAAGUGGGCGGCAUUGGCUAAGAAACUAAAUGCGGUACAAAGUGGUACUUUGAAGACUCCCGACGGUUGGAAGAAAUAUUGGUUUGAAUGGCGACAUAAAUGCAGGAGAAAAGCUGCAGAUGCCCGAAGAUUUCAAUCAACCUCGGAAGGUGGUACAAAUAGAUUUGUACCACUCAAUGACUUAGAAGUGAGAGUCUUAGAGCUUAGUGGAAAGGGGUCGGUAACAUCCUCAAAACCAAAUACAAAACAAAUAGAAGAUUUUAUAGCUGAGGAUUCAGAUUCUGAACAACAAAUGAUUGAUAACACUCUAGUGAAACCCAUUGCUAGAGUUAAGAGAUCAGUUAGUGCCACAAAAGUAAAUGCAGAUGAUACAUUCCCCGAUGAGUCACCACCAAAAUGGGCUUUAGAAUUGGAAGAAAGAAGGAUAUCAGCGGAAGAGAGAAUAGCAGAAGCACUACAAUCUAUUUCAAAUGUAAUGCUAGUACAAGAAGAAAGGCGAAAAUUACUCGAGAAUCGUAUGGCCGAUGCUCUAACUGCUAUCGCUGGGACAUUACAAGAUUUAAAUAGUGGCUUACAAGAUACCUUACAACGUUUAAUUCCUAGUGAACCUAGUUUAAAAAAUGAUGUCUUUUAUAGAUAAU